AAACAAACACAAAUGGAGCAAAUAGCACUAGACAUUGCAGAAAAACACCCUCUUGCCAGCUUUUGGUGGCUCAUUCCCUCCAAAUCGAAGGAAAAAUAACUGCACUCGAAUCACUAGAUCGAUAGGCAGUGAUAUCAUCCAACUGCAUCCUCUCGUUCGAAGCUUUUGAUCCUUUUAAUGGUGAAAUUGUGCUGAAGUCCUAAUUCUGGAUCCGAAGAUACGCCUUGUGAGGGACGAUGAAUUUUCUCUUGCGAACUGCUCAACCUUCAGUUCCUGAGCAACCGGCCGUUCAACAUCCCCCCACAGUUUCACAUUCUGCUUCAAAGGCCGCAACAACUUUGGAGGGUCUUAUUGCUGAAGAUCCGUAUCCAACGUCCACCUCAAAUGAAGAUGGUGAUGUAGAGGAUAAUGGUAUUUCUGGUGAAAGUGGUGGCCUUUCCAGUCGAAGGACAAAGAAUCGAUUUCCUAUCGUUGAAAAUCACUCGGAUGUAUCUGAAAAUGAAGGAUGGAUUACUAUUCCAUACAAGGAACUUCCUGAUAAUUGGACUGAUGCUCCAGAUAUACAUUCACUUCGCUCUUUGGACCGCUCCUUUAUUUUUCCUGGUGAACAGUUUCAUAUCUUAGCAUGCUUCUCAACAGCUAAGUGGGACACAGAAAUUAUAACACCAUUCAGGGUUGCUGCAGCGAUGAGUAAAAAUGACAACAGCCAUGCGAAGCAGCAGAAGGAAAGUACAGGAACUGAAUCCGAUUCUGUCAUUGGAAAAGGGGAAGAAGUGGGGCAGAAUGGUGAUACCCUAUUAACUACAGAAAAGACUGAUUCACAAGGGGAUAUUUCUGCUAGUGAAUGUCUUCUUAGAAUGGAAGACCAAAAAUUACAAACUGAAACAUUAUUGGGAAAAUUUAAAAACUCCCAUUUUUUUGUUAGGAUUGCAGAGACAGAUGAACCACUUUGGUCAAAAAGAAGUACAUCGGAAUCAUCUGAAACAGCAGGAGGGAUGUCAACUGCUACUGAUGCAGGAGCAAGCAAGACCUUAAAAAGGGAUUCUUAUGUAAAUGCAGUUAUUGAUAGAGGGAACUUUGAUGCUAGUGUGUCUGGUGGCUUGGCUAGAGAUACUGUUAGAUGCUGCUCUCUUUCUAAUGGGGACAUAGUGGUGCAUUUUGGAGUCCAUGUUGGAGUUGAUCUUUUGAAAAAUCCCACACUUGAGGUUCUUCAAUUUGAGAAACAUCAGGAUAAAAAUCUAGCUUCUGAUAAUGGGGACCACUUAGUUUACAGAAAUCAGGAGGAUCCCUGUGGGGAGCUGCUAAAAUGGUUGCUUCCUCUGGAUCGUAGUUUUCCUCCAGCUCGUUCACUAACCCCUCCUUUGAGUAAUACUUCAGGCAUUGGUAACACAUCUUAUAAAUCCACCCUUUCUGCCUCAUCUGGCUCCCAACUAUUUUCUUUCAGUCACUUCAGAAGUUACUCUAUGUCAUCGCUUCCUCCAAGUGCUGCUGCACCACUCUCUUCAGUUACAUCCUCCAAUCCUAAACCGACCUUGGACCUAGAAGACUUGGGCCGUUUUUCUCCCCAGAAGUUUAUGAAGACUCAAGAAGCUGGGACUGAAGGGCUUUUAUCUUUUCGUGGUGUAUCACUGGAACCAGAAAGGUUUUCUGUUCAUUGUGGCUUAGAGGGCAUCUACAUACCAGGCAGGAGGUGGAGAAGAAAACUUGAAAUUAUUCAACCAAUAGAAAUCCAUUCUUUUGCGGCUGACUGCAAUACAGAAGACCUCCUGUGUGUCCAGAUAAAGAAUAUUUCUCCAGCUCAUACACCUGAUAUUGUGAUAUUUCUAGAUGCUAUCUCAAUUGUUUUUGAGGAGGCUCCAAAAGGUGGAACACCUCUCUCCGUACCAAUUUCUUGCAUUGAGGCUGGAAAUGACCACAGUUUGCCAAAUCUUGCCCUAAGGAGAGGAGAAGAACACUCAUUUAUUCUCAAACCAGUACCUAUGUGGAAGAAUAAAAAAGUUCAUGGUGAAAAGUUUUUACAGCCAAAACCAGUGCAGGCUGGAAGUGCAGCAUCAAAUAUGCAUCUGCCCUCCAAGGUUGUUGAUGGAAGAAGGAUUUAUUCAAGUGCUGAUCAGUAUGCACUUCUGGUGUCUUGUCGGUGCAAUUACACUGAAUCAAGGCUAUUUUUCAAGAAGCCCACCAGUUGGCGACCUCGUUUGACAAGGGAUCUCAUUAUCUCUGUUGCUUCUGAAAUAUCAGAAAAAAUAUGUGGACCUAAAAGAGGGGUUGAUCAGCUUCCAGUUCAGGUGUUAACUCUUCAGGCUUCAAAUUUAACUUCUGAGGAUCUAACAUUGACAGUUCUUGCCCCAGCAUCAUUCAGUUCACCCCCUACUGUGGUCUCCCUGAAUUCUGCGCCAUCAAGUCCAAGGAGUCCUUUUGUUGGUUUUUCUGAGGUUGGAGGAAGACUAGGGGCUGAUAGACAUGGUAGUGUUGUGCAGAGGCUGAGCUCAACUCCUGUUGUAUCGGAGAAUAAAAAAGUGAGUGCUGCUAAUGGUGCAAGAUCUGUUUCUUUUGAUGAGCAGAGCAUAUCUGAUGUCAUUCCGAGUACAGGGUUGGGUUGUACGCAUUUAUGGUUGCAGAGCAGAGUUCCUCUAGGAUGUGUCCCUUCUCAAUCCACUGCUACUGUCAAGCUUGAGUUGCUCCCAUUGACAGAUGGGAUAGUUACACUUGAUACACUGCAGAUUGAUGUUAAAGAGAAAGGUCUGACUUAUAUACCAGAGCAUUCCCUGAAGAUAAAUGCAACCUCCAGCAUUGCAACAGGGAUCGUAUAGGAUUCAUUGGCAUGUUUUCAUGUUACUCGAGACUUAAAUGUGACAAGAGACCCACAGUUCCUACUGAUCAAGUUGUCAGAGAUUGGUUGUAUUGCUUCUGUCAUGGCAUAAGUGAGCAGCAGUAAGGUAUGUGACUAUUGUUCUGUCAGCAGGAGUAUGGUGGGGGAUUGGAGUUUUACAUUCCUUAAGAAGUAGGAUUUUGAGCUUUGGGAAACAGUUGAUGUGUCUCACUGUUAGUUGGUCCAUUCAUUUUUUAUUUUAAGCCAUUGACUUAGCGGCAGUUUUCUAAAAUUACCAUUCACAGGGAAGUGAGGAUUAGAAUGUACAACACACCAUGUAGAACAGGAAUGUGUGAACAUUCCUUUUGUUUUUCGUUCCUUUGUCUUUAUUCUUUUAGAAUUUUUUUUCUUCCAAAUAAAAGCUAUAUAUUUCUAGAUGCUCUUUGAUUUUGAAGAGAUCAGGA